GCCCCUUCUACCUUCUCCUUCCAGCGUGACUUUCCCACUACAAACAGCUCAGCACACAAGUCACCUGCAAUGUCUAACGCAAUCCGCACUGGCAUCUUGUACCUUCAAGACCGUCUCAGUGGCCAGAAGCAGCCGGUUCGAGUUCACCUCACAAAGCACAUUCUCUCUGUGCAAUCAAGAUGGGCUCCAGCAAGGAGAACACAAACAGUCAAGCUGGAGAGAAGCAGCACGGAUGGUUUGGGGUUUAGCAUCAAGGGGGGAGCAGAGACCCGGCGGGGAGCCCCUUGCAUCGUGUCCAAGAUAUUUGCAAACUCACCUGCACAUGCAGCGGAGGGAAUCGACGAGGGAGACUCGAUAAUCAGAGUCGACAACAAGGACGUAUCGAACGAGACACAUGACCAUGUGGUUGACAUCCUGCAAAAGGCAGGGAAGGUGGUGACCCUUGUUGUGCAUCAGGGACCCCAAGCGCAUGACUUUGGAAAGGAUUCGUGCGACGGCUGGGUCGAGUCGCUCGCCGUUCCUCUCGAACGUGCGAGUCUGACUCGAUACCGAGAGCCAUCGGAUCCGACACACGACACCGCAUUCGAGCUCUACUCGAUGGACCGCACUCUGUCGUGCAUCCUCCACUGCGAGAACAAAAUCAGUUUUUCGACUUGGUUCCACACGAUCCGGUCACACAUCGAGACAGAGAACACAUCGUGUCUCGUCCGAGUGAACAGGACGCUGCCACGUAAAGACAGAGUCGUUCGAAUCGGUUGGGUGGACGAGUACCUGCCCGCAUCGCACCACUGGAACACGUACGUUCCCAAGUUUCUCGUGCUUCGCUCUCGAUGCCUCGAGAUAUUCACAUAUGCACCACAGAGCAGCCAAGAGUGGCUACGACCCGAACGAUCGUACGACCUCUCUCAGCUCCUUGUCUUCCAGGUGCACGAAGACAAGCUCGUCGACGAGAACCCGUUCUGUUUGCAAGUGCAAACAGGUCUCGGAGAGGAUCACUACUUCUCAACCACAACAAAAGACGAGAUGACUGCCUGGCUGUCUGUCGUCGGUAAAACAACACGAAGCCUCAUACAAUCAAUCGGACUGAAGACGAUUGAUUGUAUGUGGCGAGGCCGCACAGCAAAACUCCAAAUUGAUAUCAACCAAGGCUUUGCUCUCAUCGAUACCCUCGAUGGGUCCACCAUAUGGCAACACACGUUUUCUAGCCUUCGUGCCUCGUCGGACGACGGCUAUAAAAUCGUGAAGCUCACAUUCGGACCAAAGCAGUCAUCACGACAAGAAACGCACCAAAUCGAAGUCGACAACGUCGUCACACUGGCGUACUCCAUCCGGGCAUUUCUCUCUGCAAAGAUCGCGUCCUAUGACUGACGGUUGCCGAUGAUGACAUGACGGUUGCCAAUGGCGACACGUCAGAGUGACGUAGAAAGG